CGUGAAUGNGUCGCAAAACAGAUUAAAAAAAUUCUAAAUACAGAAGAACUGGACAGAUUCCGAAAAUCUCCAUUUGGCGUUAUAUUAGAUGUCGCAGAGUUUCCAUGGAUUAGUGGUUAUUUACUUAUUACUUUGGUCAGAAAUUGUGAUAGGCCAUCUGGAGACGAAAGUAAAAAAGAAGUAUUGACUUUUCGAUUUCAUGGAAAUGAAGUGAACUUGACGAAGGAACAAUUUCAUCUAAUCACUGGUUUAAAGAUGGGUGGUUACAGGGGCGAUAUGGAUAAUAAACAGAGAGGAAGGUUUGCGUCAAGGUUCUUCCCCGGGGGAAAAUCAGUACAGCGUAAAGAUAUUUCCACAGCUUUUUUAAAUUUUAAGCGGGAUGCACCUGGGGCACUUGCUAGUGAUGCACUCAAGAUGUCAUUGGUUUAUGCCUUGUCACAUUCAUUCUUAGGUAACCAGCCGAUAGUGAAAUUCCCGAUGUGCUAUAUAAACUUAGUGGACGAUAUAGAUGAGUUCUAUAGUUUCCCAUGGGGAGAUGAUGUCUGGUCAGACUUGGUUGAUCAUGUUCAUCGGUGCGGACUAAGCAUUGAAAAGGGUGGAACUUCUCGUCCAACAUUUGGGGGAUACAUGUUUGCACUGCAGAUAUGGGCAUUUGAGACUUUCCCGUCACUUGCGAAGGCCGGGAUGUGUAUGUUGGUUCCUGGUAGAGAAGUGUGCAUACCACGUUGUUUGAAGUGGAAGGUUUGUGCUAAAUUUAGUGCUCGAAAAGUGUCUGAUGCACUGUUCAAAUCUGAGAAGUUGUUGUUGACUCCCAUCGUGCCUACCGUGGAUGAGAAGAAACUGGACAGUGUGAAGCUUCUUUUUCCUUGUGAGAAAACACAGUCCGCCAAAGGAAAGAAGAAGUUGUCGCUGCAUGAUGCGAAGCGAGCAUGUCAGGAGAAGAAGACGGACAAGAGAUCAGAGGAUGCAGUGUUGACGAAAGACAGUGGAAAUAUGUCUACCAAGCAGGGUGGAGAUGAUGAAGUAGGUAUGGUCGGUUUGGGCAGUGUGAGUGGUAAUGAUAUGGCUUAUGGGUCCACCGGGGAGAAAGAGGAACGUAUUCAAAAGCAAUGUGGUGAGCACAAAGAAUUGUUGAAAGUAAUGUUGGAGAUUAUGGCUAAGCAAGCAGAACAAAACAAAAAGAUUGAUCAAAUUUUGGUUAUGCUUCAACAAAAAGCUGUAAGCUCCCAAAAUGAAACACAUACCGUGAAGGAUAGCAUGAUGGCAGAGAAGGAGCAGCUGAAACUAGAGAAUGAUGAUGUUAGAAAGAGUUUGGAGAAUGAUGAAGAAAGAAUGAUUAAUCCAGAAGGACCAUCCUUUGAAAUACUUACUCCCAUUGCAAAAGAUGGUGUGGCUAGUGAUGGGAAUAAGGAUAAUGGUAGUGGCAGUGUGUUGGUAGUUGAAGAAAAUCGUACUGAAGACUGUUUCAAGCCAUCAGAGAUUUCCUUGGGUGAUACACAAUUCAGUCCUCAUGAUUUGGAAGUUAUAGACAAGGUGACUGACAUGUGGGCGAAGUCUUCUGAGAGACGCGAAACUGUUUGUCCAGUUGAUUGUUCGAAGAAGAUAGACUUGCGGAAUGUAGGGGGCGAUGGUGGCAAGGCGGCUCUUGACGAUGAUUUUGACAAAAUUUUUUGGAAGAGCAAAAUGGGCAAAAACGUUGGAGAAGAGACGAAGGUUGUCGCGGCGCCUACGAAUUCUGACAGUGCUUGUGUGGAGAUUAAGAGGCCGAAAAGGGUGCAUAAGAGUCCAGAAAGAUAUACUCCAAGCGAGGUUGUCAUUAAAGAGAAAAAGCGUAAAAUUGAAAGAAUGGUGCGAUUUAGCGAGCGCGUGAAGAGUGAACGGAAUGGGCAACGAUAUGGGCCAUUUACUAAGGAUCCUAAGCAAAUGCCAUCCGAAGAAGAUGUUGAAAAGGUUAGAGUUUUCUUGAAUGAAGGACUUUUGAAGAGAAGAGGUAUAGCUACCGGAACUUGUAGGUAUGUAGCUGAAGUGGAUGACUUGUCCAAAGAUCCCAUUGUCCUGGAUGGAUUCAAGGUGGAAAAUAAGACAUGGUUUUAUGAGCUAUUUACCAAUACAGAGUGGUUGCGCAGCACGCAUAUAGAGAUUGCGAUGUACUAUCUUGAAUUGAAGAGCAUUCAAUACAGCUUGAUGCAGACAUACACAGCAGCGUCACCAUAUUUUUUGCAAGGACUCAAGACGCACCAGGAGAUGGUAGACGUCGGCAAGGUGAAAGCGGAGGCUGUGAUUGAUAAUUCUAGUCUAUCAAGUGUGGUAUUAGGAUUAGCGCACCAAUAUGCGAAGCCUUGGUGUGAAUGUGAUUUUGUAUAUAUGCCAUUGAACACUGGGAACCACUGGAUGUUACUUGUGCUCGAAGUUGAAUGAAGGAAGAUAAGGGUCUAUAAUUCUAAAGGAAAGAAAGGGCAGACAAGUAG